AUGGAAGUAUGCUACCAGCUGCCGGUGCUGCCCCUGGACAGGCCGGUGCCGCAGCACGUCCUCAGCCGCAGAGGGGCCAUCAGCUUCAGCUCCAGCUCCGCGCUCUUCGGCUGCCCCAACCCCCGGCAGCUCUCGCAGAGACGUGGAGCCAUUUCCUAUGACAGCUCUGAUCAGACUGCGUUGUACAUUCGUAUGCUAGGAGAUGUGCGAGUAAGAAGUCGGGCAGGAUUUGAAACAGAGAGAAGAGGUUCUCAUCCAUACAUUGAUUUCCGUAUUUUUCACUCAAAUUCUGAAAUCGAGGUGUCUGUGUCUGCAAGAAAUGUGAGAAGGUUGCUUAGUUUCCAGCGAUACCUGAGAUCUUCCCGUUUUUUCCGUGGUAUCACUGUUCCAAAUUCUUCAAAUAUUUUAGAUGAUGAUUAUAAUGGACAAGCAAAGUGUAUGCUGGAGAAGGUUGGAAAUUGGAAUUUUGAUAUUUUUCUUUUUGAUAGACUGACAAAUGGAAACAGUCUAGUCAGCUUAACCUUUCAUCUGUUUAAUCUUCAUGGACUAAUUGAACACUUCCAGUUAGAUACGAUGAAACUUCGUAGAUUUUUGGUUAUGGUUCAAGAAGAUUAUCACAGUCAAAACCCAUACCAUAAUGCAGUUCAUGCUGCUGAUGUGACUCAGGCCAUGCACUGUUACUUAAAAGAGCCCAAGCUUUCCAAAUCUUUAACUCCAUGGGAUAUUCUGCUCAGUUUAAUAGCAGCUGCCACGCAUGAUUUGGAUCACCCAGGCGUUAACCAACCUUUCCUAAUUAAAACAAACCAUUACUUAGCAACUUUAUAUAAGAAUACCUCAGUAUUAGAGAACCAUCACUGGAGAUCAGCAGUGGGGUUGCUGAGAGAGUCUGGUUUAUUUGCACAUAUGUCAUUAGAAAACAGGCAGCUGAUGGAAAGCCAGAUAGGUGAUCUCAUUCUUGCCACAGACAUCAGUCAGCAAAAUGAGUAUUUGUCCAUGUUUCGAUCCCAUUUGGAUAGAGGAGACCUAUGUUUAGAGAAUGCGAACCAUCGUCACUUCAUUUUACAGAUGGCUUUGAAGUGUGCUGAUAUUUGUAAUCCAUGUCGGACGUGGGAGCUGAGUAAGCAGUGGAGUGAAAAAGUAACAGAAGAGUUCUUCCAUCAAGGAGAUAUUGAAAAAAAGUAUCACUUGGGUGUGAGUCCACUUUGUGACCGACAGACAGAAACUAUUGCCAACAUCCAGAUUGGUUUUAUGACCUACUUAGUGGAACCACUGUUUGGGGAAUGGGCCCGGUUUUCAAACACCAGGCUGUCGCAGACAAUGCUUGGCCACCUGGGACUGAACAAGGCUAGCUGGAAGGGAGUGCAGAGGGAACAGUCUGGCAGCGGUGACGAUGUUGACCCCGCUUUUGAAGAAAUGGACUCAGACAUAUUACCUCAGGAACCUCGAUUGUCCUGACCUCAGUCUUCGUGACAAAACUGCCUCUUCUCUUGGUAUCUGCACGGUUGGAUUAAAGGAGAUACUUGCCUGCCCAAGGUUUUGGUAAAAUGAUGCCAGCAUUAUUUAUUUCCAAGUUUUCCUUUGACACAGACCAUUUGAACCAGAAUUUUUUUAAACUGCAAGAUCUGAACAUAGAGCAAUAUGCAUACGCCUCAGUUGGUUUUUGUUUGGAACCUUGAAUAUGCAAAGCACAGCAGUGACUGAGCCUUGGAGGAACAGUA